AUGUCGGACUGUAAUAGCUGUUGUAGUAACAUUAUAAAAGCUUACGCGAUAUCUUGUGGAGAUUGCAAUCUCACCUGUAACCGCAAAUGUCAAAAAUGCAUAAAAGAAGAUAUGGAAUAUUUAAAUGGUAUUCUUUGGAGAUGCAGGAAGUGCACUGCCACCGCGAAAAGAAUCUCACUACAGCAGUUCAAUAAGCAAACUAAUUUCAGAAACGUUGACCUAAUCGACAUUAGAAAUAUCCUUAUUGAAUUAAAAGGUAACAUUCAAUCGUUUAAAGAAGAAACUGGAUUCAUCUUUGAUGAUAUGCGUGAUAAAUUCAAUGUUAUUGACAAUAUACUUGAAUUUUCUGGAAAUUCGGCAAUGAAAUCACGCAUUCAAUUUUUGGAAAACAAAAUUGAAAAUUUAGAACGUCGAUAUAUUGCUAACGACAUUUUUAUUGAUGGUGUGCCCGAACUCAAAUUGGAAAACUGUAAUAAACUUGUAAAACGAAUUGGGACGCAGUUAAAUACUAAAAUAACUGACAGCUAUGCGCAUAGAAUGGACCCACGACAAAAUAAUAACUGGUUCAGAAAAAUAUUUGUGAGUUUUACAAACCAUCAAAAUAAGACUAAAGGUUAUAACGCAUGUAAAGUAAUAAAAAACUUGUUCACGAAAAGAAUCGAUAUUCAUCCCGAUACACAAAUCUAUAAAAGAAAGAAUCUAACCACAAAAAGUAGCCACUUAUUCAAGGAAGCUAGAUGCCAAGGAAAACAAUACAAUUAUAAAGUCAUCUGGAUAAAGAAUGGUUUAAUUUUUCGUCGUAAAAAUGAACCAGAAAAAAUUAUCCAUGGAUUCAAUGAAGAGGUAAUUCAAAACUUAAAAAAACGCUCUAAUGAUUUAAAUUUUAAACUAAUACUCCAUAAUUCGCUUUAUUUGUUCAUUAUCUUAUUAUGUUUGUUUUAAAUAUUAACAAUUAUAAUACUAUUGUACAUUUAAGUGAAAUCAUAUGUUGAUAUUUUUUUUGUAAAAUGGGCUUAUACCACUAAAACACUUUUUUUCAGGAAGUAAAAAACUAUUUUGUAAAAAAAUAGCAAAACAAAUGUUUAUCAUGGAAAACAAUAAAAUUACUCGUACACAUAAUACCUUAUACACAAAUCAUACAUGCAUUGAAUAAGGUAUAAACCCUUUUAACAAACCAUUGUUGAUUUAAUUAUAUUUUAGAAGGGCACCUGGAUAUCUUUUAGUUGUUAUUACCAACUUAAUUUUCUGUAUUUAAAUAUGCCCUUUUACCAGUUUAUGCUCCUAAUUUUUCUGAUUUUUUUAUACUAAAAACGUAUUUUUUGGUAUCGAUCAUGUUUAGGUAUAUACAAUUAAUUUAAAGAAGUCAUUAUUAUUAUUUUAAAAUCAAAUUAAAUUGUCAAUCACCAAUAUUAGUUAUAGUUGUAUGAGUUCACAAUAUUUUUGUUGUUAAAGGAAAUACCUACUACUUCAUUCAAAAAUGUAAUAUAUUAACAAAAAAUUGAGGUAAUGGACAAUUAGUUUGUGAUUGUUUUUUAAAAAUUUUAUUCGCUACAUCCUAAUUACUGUAACAAUUUCGCACUUUCGCAAGUGUGAAUGAACAAAAACACAGAAAAUACAAAUACCUAUUUCUCGGUUUCCCAGGGAAAAAAACGUAGGAUAAACAGGAAUUUUUAUAGCAUCAACGGUUUCAUUAUUUUAAAUUUUAUAUUUUAUUGUAAUUCUGUUAAAGAAAACAUAGAGAUCUUAAAUUUGCACAGAAUACUUAAAUUAGUACUUCAUAUAUUUAUUUAUAAACAGAUAUUGAUAGACAUUUUUCAUUUUCUUGUAUUUUUUUUUUUAGUUUUUAUUUAGUUUAAUGUGGAUACAAUGGUACUAAGAAAGUAGAAGGUACUUUUUUUAUUAGAGUGUUUUAAAAUAAAAUUUUGACCAAAAUCGUAAAAAUUAAAAGCGAGUGCGUCGAUGUCGACCGUCACUGGCAGAUAUAUGAACGCUUAGCGAUCGAAGCCAAACAAGUGAUUCACGGUGGACUGGGAAACGACCAGUGUGUAAUCAGCGGUAGCGUGUAG